AAACGGUAACCCGUUCUAUCUCGUUUCAUCGAAUCGUCAAAACGAAAGACUCCUUCAAUGACGGGACGACGAAGGAUGACGACGAUUAGUCGCGCGACGUACCGGCGACGUAUCGCCGACGCGAACCACCGACGUACCAUCGACGUACCACCGACUUUGUGUUAAUAGCUAAUCUUCCAAAUGAAUAUCACCGGCGUACCACCGAUCGACAAAAUGGCCAACAUCUAUGACAAUUCGUUGGUCCGAUUCUGGCACUUUCUUUUUCACGAUCUCUCGGAUCCUCGAACACGGAAUUGGUUCCUCGUGUCUUCGCCGGUGCCAGGCAUCAGUAUCCUUAUCGGUUACCACUACUUCAUCCACUCCUGGGGUCCUAAGUACAUGGAACAUCGGAAACCGUUUCAAAUGAAGAACGUUCUAGUCAUGUACAAUCUUAUACAGGUCCUACUCAGCACUUGGAUCUUUAUCGAAGGACUCAGCUCUGCCUGGUUAACGAAAUACAGCUUCAAAUGCGAGCCCGUAGAUUUUUCGGAAUCACCGGAUGCUCUCAAAAUCGCACGAAUCGUUCACGUUUAUUUUCUCGCUAAACUGACGGAGCUUCUCGACACGGUCUUUUUCGUUUUACGAAAGAAGGAGAAGCAAGUUACGUUCCUCCACGUCUAUCAUCACACCGUGAUGCCUAUGAUCGCCUGGGGUGCAACGAAAUAUUAUCCUGGAGGUCACGGUACCUUUAUAGGUCUCAUCAAUAGCUUCGUCCACAUCGUGAUGUACACGUACUAUUUACUAGCCGCAUUAUUGCCUCAAUAUCAAAAGUAUUUAUGGUGGAAGAAGUACAUAACGACGUUGCAAAUGGGACAAUUUUGCCUGGCGUUCUUGCAUAAUUCCCAGUUGCUUCUAUACGACUGCGGUUACCCAAGGUGGAGCGUCGUUUUAACCCUUCCAAAUGCAAUAUUCUUCUACCUCCUUUUCUCGGACUUUUACAAGAUGGCCUAUGAGCCCGAUCGAAGGAAGAAAAGUACGACGACGGCGAACGGAAAGAUCGAAUCUAACGGUAUAGGGAGAAAAAGCAACGGCAACGAUUUCGAAGAUACAUCGAACGUUUCUUCCAUUAGGAAGAUAAAAGUCGUCGACAAAGGAAAGGAGGAUUAAUAAUUCGUCGGGUUUCGCCGAUGAUUAUUACGUUGGAGGAUUUUACUUUGAAAUUUCAAAAAAGACAGAAGGAAAGAAACAAGAAGAAUAACGAAAAGACAACAACAAAAAAAGCCGAAAAUAAAGGAAGCUCGUUUCUUCGUGCCAAAUCGAA